UUACAAUCUCUCUCGCCGCCGCUAGGGUUUCCUCUCGGCGUGCGAGACCCUCGCCUAGGCGCCUCUCCCUGUUUCUUCAGGGCUUUCCCCCUGUUUUCUUCUUGUUUUCUUUCCAUGGCUCUUUCGCGUAUAUUGGCUUGGAAUUAUCACACUUUUGGAGAGGUUUACUCGGUCCUUGAGUCAAACCAAUUUGGCCUCCAACAUAUGCCAAACACUACCCUGCUCCCUGCAACAAACCAAUCGGGGAUGGAGAUGAAUUUGCAAUUGUGCAUAGAGAAACCAUCUCACAUCGAUGUUGUAAUUGUAGAUCCAGGUGGUUGUCAACGGCCAUCAACAGGGUAUUCUAGCCAACCAGAGAUGGUUUCUCCUAUGCCUCGACGGCGUUUAGGCGAUUUCAAGGAUUUUUUUAGCAAAUCGGCAAAGGAGAGAGGCUUUCUCAAAUUCCAGUUGAUUUCUGCGGGAGGGGCCAAAAGGGGAGAAUGCCGGUGGAGGUUGAUUGGAGACGUCGGAGGUGUUCUGCAAGGGGAGAAUGCCACUUCAGUCUUAAAAGGGGCUCUAGUUCCCUUAUUGAAAUUUGGCAACAAAGGCUUGCAAAGGAUUGGAAUAGUUCGGAUCAUGGUUGGGAGCCCAUGGCGACGAGGGAGCUCUACGACGUUCCUUUCCUGGUCUUGGUUGAGCGCUGGAGGCUUGUGCGGUAGAGAAGGAACAAUAACUCGAGUACGUAGAAGUUGGUGGCGUGGACAGGUGGCUCAUGGAGGCUUGUGCGAUGUGUGGCGAUUGUUGCUUGGAGGAGGCAAGUAAGGAGGAAAGGUUAAAUACUUGAAUUGGUCCCUCAACUUUUAUUUUUGAACCAAUUCACCCUUGAACUUCAGAAAGUACCAAAAACAUCCUUCAACUUCAAUUUUCAAUUAAUAAAAUUAUUUCCUAAUU